AUGGCAAAGGAGGAAGCCAUUAUGUACAACUUGAUCGGGCACGAGUUGGCAGAUGUGAUUGUGGAGUGCAAUCAGUUGGCUGGAAAUCUUCAGUGGAUGAGGGAACGCAAGAAGCGCGAAGACUUUCUACAUGAAUACUACAAUGAAACGGUGGAGGGGACAGCAAGGCGCUUCAAGCAUGUGGGCGCAACGGCGGAUGGCAUCAAACGUGAAGUGGAAAGCAUGAUGCUUGACCCGAUGACAGAUUGGGGAAAGAGUUCCUUGCCGGUGCCGGCGCACUUGUGGAAAUUCCCGCCCAAAUAG